ACUCUGAGCCGGUUCUUUGUAGUGCGUGGGUGUUCGUUCGAUACGAUCUAGCGCGCGAAAUACGUAAAUGUUAAGUCAAUACUUUAUUGUACAGUCGAUGUUAUGUCGAAACAUUGAUUAAUUAAAUAUUAAAUUUUAUAAAAAUGGGCGAACAAACGUUUAAUAUAGAUGAUAACAAUUUGGAACAGCAUAUAGUUACUUUAUUCGAAAAGUUAGAGUGCCUACGAAAGGAUGCGAAUUCGAACAGUGAUAAUGUGUUGGCCGGUAGAGUGCCGGCUAGGCUUGAAGUGCGGACACUCUCGUUAUGGAAGGCUGUAGUGGCAGAGUGUGCGGCGUCCUUCCUCUAUGUUUUUAUAGUGUGUGGAGCGGCGGGCGGAGCGGGAGUUGGCGCGUCCGCCUCAGCUGUGCUUCUCGCCACUGCACUCGCUUCCGGUUGUGCUAUAGCCACACUAACUUUAUGCUUUGCUCACAUAUCUGGCGCUCACGUGAACCCUGCGGUCUCCGUAGCACUGUGCGUACGACGUCGAGUAUCGCCGCUGCGGACGGCGCUGUACGUGGCUGCACAGUGUGGAGGCGCCAUAGCCGGCUCUGCUGCUAUAUACGGAGUAAGUGUUCCCGGGUACGCAGGCGGUUUGUCUGCGUCGCUGCCUGGAGGCGGUGUUGCCGGAGCAGGCGCAGCAUGGGAGCGUCUUGGUGCUGAGCUCCUGUUGUCGGGAUUGGUGGCUGGCGCCUACUUCGCUGCAAUGGAGAGAAGAUGGACCGGUGCAGCACCCGCGCUUCUUGGUGCCGCAUAUUGUGCUGCGAGUUUUGUAUCUAUGCCGUCAUUAAACCCGGCUCGGUCUUUGGGGCCAUCUUUUGUUCUAUCUCGCUGGGAAAGUCACUGGGUUUGCUGGGUCGGGGGUAUCGGAGGCGGCAUCGCUUGCGCACUUCUCCACGAAUGGGGCACGCGGCGACCGCGAGUUAACUCCAACUCUCGUGCCUCCUCACCACGAGAUCUCGACGAACUGGACAAGCCGGCGUUUCCUUCUCAUCAUCACUACCGCCACGCGCCGACUUACUGCUCUGCAGCAGCUCCUAGACCCGACACAACAGAGCCGCUGUACUCCGGAACCAAGUCUCUCUACUGUCGAUCCCCACCACCGGCUCGUCACACCCUCCACAGGUCCCAGUCGGUGUACAGCAAGAGCAGCGGCGUGGUCGCGGGUGGCGCGGUGGGCGCCAGCGUGGCGCAGGCCGGCGCCGCGCUGGCGGGCGCGCAGUCGCUGCUGCUGCGGCCGCCCGCGCACACCGUCACCAUGAACCAGAACGUGCACAACGCGCAGCGCGAGCCCGCCUACGGCGCGCCCAACGGCGUGCGGCCCGGCCCCGCCGGCGCCGCGGUGCAGGAGCGGCGCGAGUCGGUGUACGGCGGCAGUCGGCGCGGGCCGCUGUCGUCGGAGGACAGCGCGUACGGCAGCUUCGCGCCCGCGCGCGCCUACCGCCCGCCCGAGCACUACUAGCGGCGCGCCUCGCAGCACAACAUUGCGCUGCUCUUCGACGUCUGAGCCCUCGUGGGCGGCGUGCCUGCGCCCGUGGGACGUGUGCGCGUGAACUCGUGCCCCGGGCCGGGGGCCUCGAGACGUGAACUCGUGCCUUGCCGUGCUAAUCCAGUGGCUCGUGACGUGAACUCGUACCCGACGGCUUUGAAAUGUGCGUUAUUUCGAUGACGUGAACGUUUAUUUCGUGAACUGUACUUGUUUAUACUAAAGCGCACAUUGGCUGCCGGGGCCAAUAAAUGCGGUAGUGUGACAAGCCUUGAAUUGGGUCACGUACCCUACACAUCAUUUUAAGCGCUUUAUUCUAUGUAUGUGUACUUACUGAUUCUAUAAAACGAUGACAAACGUUUAAAAAUGAGCAAUUUUAUACUAUUGCCAAUUUUUUGUGAUUAUAUCAUCUUAAUAAUAAGUAGAUUUUACUUUUGUGUAACUAAAAAGACAACAUGAUGUGUAACUAAACUA